UGAAGUUUUUUCCUUGUCAAAACAUUCUAUCGAUUAUUGCUGUGACCUCAAUUUAUAUUCGUGGUUGCUUAAAUAUCAACUAAUAUGUCUUCUAUUAUACAAAAGUGUAAUGAUGACAACAUCCCUCUGGCUGAUGAUGACCCUCAAGUUAUAAUCUCCGAUGACGUUGAUAAUAAUCGCUUAGAUCACGGAAGAUCUAUGGACUCGCUGCCAAGUUCUUAUACCGGAGGUUCUUCGAGCCCUGGUUUAAAUGGGCCUGGUAGUUUUGAACCAGAUUCCGGAAUCGAUGAACAAGAAGAAAAGGCGCGGCUGAUUUCGCAAGUUUUGGAACUUCAGAAUACACUGGAUGAUCUGUCACAAAGAGUUGACUCAGUGAAAGAAGAAAAUUUGAAGCUACGUUCAGAAAAUCAGGUCCUAGGCCAAUACAUAGAGAAUUUAAUGUCAGCUUCGUCUGUAUUCCAAUCUACCACACCUAAUGUUCAUAAGAAGUAAAUGAUUCAUAUGGCACUUUUUAUCUGCCCUGACAUAGAAAGACUGAGAUGGAAAAUGCUUACAGACAAACAACUUGUAUUUAUCAAAACUUUAACAACCAGUAUAAUUGAAACAUUAAAUACCCCUGUAAUGAUAAAUAUUUGUUACAUAUAUUGUAUUAAGAUAUAGUAAUCAUAUAACUUUAAAAGGAAAAGGUGCACACAACAUUUUACUAUGUUUUAACAUUGAAAAUUUUUCAUCUCAGAUUGUGUUUUUCACCUAGUUAUAAAUUUGGCACUCACCAGCUUUACAAAUGCAGCCAAUAUGAUAAAGCUAUAAUGUGUGUGGUGCUGAGAAAAGCUUUGUUUUUAAAAGCAGUGCUCUUACAAAUUUAUAUUUGUAAAAAAUAGGGGAAUCGUUGAAGUAAUAUAAAUUUAUAUGGAGUUUUUUUUAAGUUUCUUAAAGUUAAUAGUGACCAUGCUUUAUUGUAAAAUAUUUUAUUAAUUCAUUAAAAUCAUAUAAUUAAAUAAGAUAGAUAUAUUUAUAACUUAGAAUGAUUCAAGACCAACUAAUAUUCUUCUAUAUGGUAAUACACUUUAUUAUACAUUCCACUCACAAAUUGUUUUAAUAAAGGCUCUCUUACAAAGUGAAAUCUCAAAAAUCUUGUUUUAUUUUACUAUUGUUUAAUCUAAUAGCUUUUAAAUAUAUAUUUAUUAACACUAAA